UGAAGUCAGUCAAAUCCAAUUCAAAACAAUCAACUAUGGUUUCAAGAAGUGAGAAUCUUAAUCGGACGGUGGAAAAUAGAGCGCAGGAUAGCGAGAAACUUGAUCGGACUGUGGAAGGUACGGCAGCGAAUAACGAGAAACUUGAGAGGACGGUGGAAGAUAAGGCGGCAAACUGUCUGAUGCUGUUAUCAAGAAUUGGGGAAAACGGGGGAGGAGGCCGAGAGAGUCGUGUUUACAGAUGCAAAACGUGUAUGAAAGAGUUCUCAUCGUUCCAAUCUUUAGGAGGCCAUCGCGCAAGCCACAAUAAACACGUUAACAACAACAGCAGCGACGAACAGUCGUCACUUUCUUCGGGAUCCAUCGCUAAGAGGAAGACCACGAACACAACAAGGUCGCAUCGUUGUCCGAUAUGUGGCGUGGAGUUUCCGAUGGGACAGGCUCUUGGUGGUCACAUGAGGAAGCAUAGGAACGAGGAAGAGGCUAGCGGCGCGUUGGUUACACGCUCUUUUUUCCCUGAGGCGGCGGCUUCGAUGAUUACGACAUUGAAGAAAUCUAGUAGUGGGAAAAGGGUUGAGUGUUUUGACUUGGGGCCAGAUUCUGUGGAGAGUAGCAUCAAUUUGAACUUGGAGUUAGGAAGAAGCAUGUACUGAUUUUCCAUAUUCAUCUGGAUAUACUCUACAAUAGUUUUCCUAUUCCUUAGUUUUAUAGAGUAAGCUAGCAUCUUGAUUUUGCAUAGAGUUGUUGUAGAUGGGCUACGAUUUUACA